UCUCUCUUCUCCAACACCUAAAUCAUCCACGCGGACCAUCAUGUCGGACUCCCUAUACGGGGCCCCGCGCCCCAAAUCAACCUCCAAGUCAGACGCCCCGUCCGCAUCCAACCUCGCAUUCACGACCACUCUCUCCUCGCUCAUCUCCCAGGACACGAAGGGAUCGUCGCGCGGCGGCCGUCCCCGGCCCGCCAGAACGGGCAAAUCAGACAUAUUCGCACAGCACAAUAAGGGAGCGCAGAAGCGCGCGGCGGCCGACCUCCGCGACGACGAGCACGGCGUGUUCCAGCAGCACCAGCGCACCGCAGACAUCGGCGGCGUGGAUGCCGCGGCGCUGCACCGCUCGAAGAGGCGCAUGCAGGAGAAGGCGCGCGUGUACGAGGAGCUGAAGAGCGGGGCAUAUUUGGCGGCGGAUAGUGAUGAUGACGAUGAUGUCUACAAGGGAGGAGGGGAGGCGGGCGGUGCGGAUGCGUAUCUGGCGCGGUUGCGUCGGAAGGAGCGCGAGGGGCUGGUGGAUUUCGAUCGCAAAUGGGCGGAUGCGGAGCGCGCGAAGGGGUCCGGGUCAGAUGAGGAAGAGGACGGAGACGAGGAGGAUGAUGAGAAUGCGUCUGUCGUGUCCUACGAGGAUGAGCUGGGCCGGACGCGCCGGGGGACCAGGGCCGAAGCGGCGCGGGCGGCGCGAGUGAAGGCGGAGGAGUCGGGAGAGCGGUCGAAUAUGCAGGAGCGCUGGCGGCCGUCGCGCCCGGAGAACUUGAUCUACGGGGAGACGGUGCAGGCGGAGGCGUUCAAUCCGUCGGCUGCCGCGGCGUCGCAGAUGUCAUAUCUGGCCACGCGUCGGGAUCGAUCGGCCACGCCGCCGGGAGAAUCACAUUACGACGCCGAUGCCGAGGUUCGCAACCGAGGAACCGGGUUCUAUGCGUUCUCUAAAGAUGAGAAUGUGCGACGACAGCAGAUGGAGGAGCUGGUGAGCGCGCGAGAUGAAACCCAGCGCGAACGGGAGGCUCGACAGAAGAGAAGAGCCGAGAGGGAGCAGAUCAAGGACGAACGGAGAAAGAAAAUCGGCGAAUUGCGAUCCAAGAGGCGCGCGGAGAUGUUCCUGGCUGGUCUGGGCAACGUUGGGGAUUGGAGUGGAUCCACCCCGGUUGAAGCCGAUGCCUGAUCAUCUGUAUACUGCUACCUUUUACUUUAUGAUACCCCCUAGAUUAAUGAAGUGAUACUUGUUUUUUGAG